UAAAUUCAAAUACGCACAUAAUAAUUCGUGAAUAGUUGCGAAGUUAAGCAAUUUACUGAAAUGGAAUACACAGUAGCCAACGGGUCCUAUUUUGAGAGAAGUGAAACAAUGUGUACUCCACUACAUAUUAUAUACCCGUUACCAACUCCGGUCGCUUCUGAUAAUUUUGGUGGAAGUAAUUAUACACCUUCAACACCGAUUUAUAGUCCACCUUUGUGUAAUGACGCCAAUUACCAACCACAGGAUCAACCAUUUACCCUCAUGCAAAUGAACGGGCGUAAAGUGCUUGGUCCACCAGAGGAUUGGCAAGGUUCUCCCCCGUCAAGUGCAUGCGAACUUUUCGUACGUCGAAUUCCACGAAAUAUAGAUGAACAGAGACUUAUACAACCAUUUUUACGUUUUGGACAAAUAUAUGAAAUGCGAUUGCCAAUGGAUUUUAAUCAGGCAAAUCGUGGUUACGCAUACGUCAGGUACACCACUGAGGAGGAAGCAAAUUGUGCUAUGGAGGUGCUGAAUCAUUUUUAUGUUGCACCUCAUCGUAAGUUAGAGAUUUUACAAUCGUAUGAAAAGUGCUGUUUAUUUGUGAGCAAUAUACCAAAAUAUUUGGAUGAAAUAGAGAUCGAAGAAAAGUUACGAACCGUGUUUCCAACUAUGGAACGAUUAUAUAUCCAAGUAGGCAAUUCAGAUAAAAAGAUUGGGGGUCACGGCAAAAACGAUGAAUUAUGUAAUCCAGAAAUGAGAGGCACAAACAACGAUAGUAAGAACCGUGGUUAUGCUGUCAUUCACUUUCCAUCACACUUAGAAGCUUUAGAAGCGAAGAAAAGCACAACACCAGGUGUGAUUCGAAUGUGGAACCGUGACUUAAAAGUUGUUUGGGCAAACACUGAACGCGAUACUGAUACGUCGAAAUCAAAUAAAACACUUUUUGUUCGAAAUGUGGAUCUUUGCAUUAAUAAACGUGACAUUAUGGAUAUGCUCGUGAAGUUCGUUCCACGCCAGGAGAUUAGAAAAGUUACGAAAGUUCGUACAAUCGCAUUUUGUGAUUUCACAACUCAUGAGGCGGCUGAAAAGUGUUUACAAGAGUUACAGGGAAAAAUAUUACAAGGCCAAUGUCUCAGUAUUGAAUGGGCUAAACCAUCGGAAAAGCAAUCUUUGCAUCGUAUGUGUAGGACAGAUUUUGAUGCCAUGCUUCGUCUUAAAUGCAUAGCCAACUGCUGGCAAAUACCAGUCAUAAUUUUCGGCACCUACUUCGAACGUGAAGAUCUUCAGUACGGCGCGGUCAUGAUGCGCAGCGCAGUUGGUACAGCACGGUCUAUUUUCUGCGUACUCCAGUGCCAAGAACUUGUUGACAUACAUUCACGUAUAUGUGAAGUGGUCUGUGUUUUAUUGGAAACGAUUGGAACUUUUCCAGACUACAACUACUUUUUCUUUGUAGAAAGCGACAAUGCACAUCUUUUGGGAAUAGUGACACAUGACUGCCAAUCAGUGAGUUUCAUCGCAUCUCAUCAAGUACCCAAAAACAUACAUUUCGAUUUAAAUGAGAUUAUCGACAUGAGCUUAGCCAUUGCGAAUUUGGCUGCCGUUGAAGAGGAUAUACUACUUCAGGCCUAUCAUGAAAGUUUUCAGUUGCCCACCACCGCAACAUAUUUACCAAAUUUGGUAGUUUCUGGCUAUCGAAUUUUCGGCACAAUUUUUCCCAAAUACCGAAAUAAACCACCGCUAUCACACAAUCUUAACGAUACACAGAUAGUACUAGCCCUAUGCUAUUUAAUGACCGGCACAAAUACAGUGUUGCCUAGCCGUCCUUAUAUUGCCUAUCCGGUCUCUUCAUUCGAUAAUGGCUAUGAAAGAUUACGAUUCGUCUCACUUAAACUCUUGCCCAUUGCUGUCACACAAUCACGUUAUUUGGUGCACCAAGCGCUUAAUCAUGUGGAAUUUGGUAAUGUGCACAACUUUCAUCCAGCGCAGCGUUUCAAAACCCGUCCGCUAUGGAUCACUGGAUUUUCUUACGCCAAAUCAAUUAAACAACCCACAUCGACGCAAAUAAUGCAUGUGAAUGAGCAAGGAGCUCAAGAUCAACGACAAUAUAACCAUACAUCGGGCAGUGCUUAUAUGCCAUCUACUUAUGCCCUAGCGUUUUAGCGCCAAUA